AAUAUUUAACAAAGGCGCUUCCUUUAUCGCCUUCUCGCAAACACCGCUAAGCCUUCCCCAUACAGAUCGCAAAAUUUCUGAAACCCCAAAGCUUUUGGGUGGAUUACUGAUCCAAACCCAAAAUUAAUCUCGGGGGUUUCUCUUGGUUCCAAUCCUCCGCUUCCCGAACAUCGGAAACCGCCCUUCCCCGCCGAUCAACCGCCACCUCCUCCUCCAUCUUUCACCCUUCCGCCAAUACCCAAAUCCAGGUAAAGUUUGGAUUUUUGGGUUGGGGAUAGAAGAUGGGGGCAUUCAUUUCCAAGUUUUGGUUCAUGUUGUUUCCUGCAAAAGAGUAUAAGAUAGUGGUAGUUGGGUUGGACAAUGCUGGGAAGACCACUACUCUUUACAAAUUACACUUGGGAGAGGUUGUCACCACGAACCCAACUGUAGGCAGCAACGUCGAAGAGCUUGUCUACAAGAACAUUCGAUUCGAGGUAUGGGAUCUUGGCGGACAAGAAAGGCUGAGGACUUCAUGGGCAACAUAUUACCGUGGAACUCAUGCUAUCAUUGCGGUUAUAGACAGUACAGAUAGGGCCAGAAUUUCAAUUAUGAAAGAUGAACUGUUCAGGUUGCUGGCACAUGAGGAUCUUCAACAUUCUGUUGUACUGGUUUUUGCAAAUAAACAAGACCUCAAGGAUGCAAUGACCCCAGCAGAGAUCACCGACACGCUCUCUCUUCACAGCAUCAAGAAUCAUGACUGGCACAUCCAAGCCUGUUGUGCCCUCACAGGAGAAGGGCUGUAUGAUGGUCUAGGUUGGAUUGCCCAGCACGUUACAGGGAAAGCGCCCACUUGAAGAAACGAGCACAAGAGAGAUUUUUUCAAAUAUCUGGGGUUUCGAGGCCGAGUGAUGUAAUGGUGUCAGUUGUGUAUCAUCUAAAGCUAUUUGCUCUGAGCAACUUUGUAGAUUGUUUCCAAUUUCAAUUGCUUGAAGAAUAUUUUACCUUCUGAA